CCCGCCGCCGCUGCGGAGUGCCUGGAGAGUGGGGUGCUGGCCACCUGGGCUACUUCCGGACUUCAGGUAAUAAGUUUGCCCGCAGCUGGCUCUCGAGAGGACUUCUCGGGGCUGCAGGCUUUCCGAUGGACCUUGUCGGAUUUGGUUAUGCAGCCCUUGUGACAUUUGGAGGUAUUUGGGGAUAUAAGCGGAAAGGUAGUGUUCCAUCUUUGAUUGCUGGUCUUCUUUUUGGAUUUUUGGCUGGCUAUGGAGCUUACCGUGUCUCCAAUGACAGGCGAGAUGUAAAACUGUCUCUGUUUACAGCUUUCUUGCUGGCCACCAUAAUGGGUGUGCGGUUUAAGAGAUCCAAGAAAAUAAUGCCAGCAGGGCUGGUUGCAGGCUUAAGCCUUAUGAUGAUAUUGAGACUUGUCCUACUGCUGCUCUGAGAGUCUGGAGGAACUGAAAACUAAAUUGAUGUCGUUCUACACUAACGGGCAGAGCACACUCUUGGAACUCAAAAGAUAAACUUCAAUGUGGAAUGUUAAGUGUCUUAUUUAAUAUUAGAAACUAAAGAAACACUGUCACCUCUGAUAGGAACACUAGUCUAAGGUGGUGGUGUUGUUUUCUCAAAAAUUUGUUUUCUAAUUGUCAGGUACUGUUUUCAUUAAAGGUAUUUAAUAGCUCAGCCCGAGUGGCUCAGUUAGUUAAGCAUCAUCCAGUGCACCAAAAGGUUACCAGUUUGA